GUGCAGCCCCGCCAGUCUGGACAGAUCAUGGUGCUGAAGAUGAACAAGCUGACCAGCAACCGGAGCAACAUGCUGCGGGAGGUGCAGCUGAUGAACCGCCUCUCGCACCCCAACAUCCUCAGGUUCAUGGGGGUGUGCGUGCACCAAGGACAGCUGCACGCGCUGACAGAGUACAUCAACGGUGGGAACCUAGAGCAGCUGCUGGACAGCCCUGUGCCCCUCUCCUGGUCCAUGCGUGUCAAGCUGGCCCUCGACAUCGCCCAUGGCCUGCACUACCUGCACUCCAAGGGCAUUUUCCACCGUGACCUCACCUCCAAGAACUGCUUGGUGCGCUGCGAGGCCAAUGGCUACACGGCUGUGGUGGGUGACUUCGGCUUGGCAGAGAAGAUCCCCAUCUACAGCGCUGGCAGCGAGAAGGAGCCGCUGGCCGUGGUGGGGGACCUGGCCUCACUCUUCCUCCUUUCCCUGGCGCAGGGUUUUGGCCUGGACGUCACCACUUUCCGUACCAUGGUGGGAACUGACUGCCCAGCGGCCUUCCUCCAGCUCGCUUUCCACUGCUGCAGUAUGGAGCCCACCUCCCGCCCCUCGUUCCUGGAAAUCACACAGUGCCUGGAGGGCAUCCUGCAGCACCAGCCGGGUGCCGAGGGCACUGGGGCCACCCUCUUCAGCGGCAGAGAGAGCCUGCCCGUUCCUGGGACGGCGGCCACGCUCAAUGGGAGGGGGGGGAGGGCCGGCGCCCCCGACGGCCCGGCCCUGCCGCAGCCCCCUCCGCCACCCCCCAACAGCAACUUCAUCCGCACAGCAGCCUCGGGUGCCCAAACCUGGCAGCCAGAGCCGCGAGCCCCCAAUGGGCUCCUCUUCAACAACAACCACGUGGUGGUGAGCAAACCCCUGGCUUGGGGCAGCGGGCUGGAGCGCGGCUUCUCUGAGCUCAGCAUCCCCCACGCAGCAGCGCUGGAGCAGAUGGAGUGCACAGCCAUGCUGACCGGGCAUGGCUCCGGCACUGUGCUGGAGCAGAACGAGGUGCUGCCCUGCCCCGACUGCUGCCUAGGUCCCUUCAGCUUCAGCUUGGCCUCCAUCUGCCACCGGCCGACACCCAGCCCGCCCCACUACCAGAACCUCAAUUGCGAGGCCAAGAGCCUCCUCUGCCACGACCGGGGCUGCCACCAGAAAGCCCCAGGGCCAGUGCUGGCGGAGCCCAGCUUGAAGCUGCCGGAGGCAUAG